UAAUUGGUUUGUUUCGACGAUGUCGUCAAUGUUCCGAGACGACAAACCAAUAGUCUAGCCAGUCGCCAUCACGUGCUAUGUGGCCCAACGAAAAGUGCAGUCUGAUUGGUCAGCCUUGAGAGUUGCACGGUUCGAGAUACGCAUGAAGCUUCCUUAAACUGCAGCAUUUCUUUCCGAAGAUUGGGAGGUUUCCUCUUCGUCAAAAGUGAUGGAAGCCGGCUCAUCCUCAGCACUUGUCCAUCCCUACUGGCCCAAGGAUCUCGUCAUCCCCGCGUAUGUGGCCAACGAUCGAUCCAUGGCAGAGAUCCUGACGUUCCUUGCGUGUGCGUCCGCUGCCUUUCUGCUCGUUACCUGGAUGGUGGCCGGACGGCUGGGCACCCCGAGACGCCUGGCGGUGUGCUGGUUCGCCGUCUGCGGCUUCAUCCACAGCGUGCUUGAGGGCUGGUUCUCCCUCUACUACGAUGUUAUUCCGGGAGACCAAAGUUUCCUGUCGCAGUUGUGGAAGGAAUACUCCAAAGGGGACAGUCGAUAUGUAAUCGCUGAUAACUUCACAGUUUGCAUGGAGACGGUGACCGCGUGGUUGUGGGGACCAUUCAGCUUUUGGGCCGUGUUUGCCUUCUUGACUGACAAGCCCUACAGAUUUGUCCUGCAGCUCAUCCUUUCCGUCGGCCAGCUGUAUGGAGCCGUGCUCUACUUCUUCUUGGAGCACAGAGAGGGCUACGCUCACAGUGAGCUGGGACACCCCAUCUACUUCUGGUUCUACUUUGUGUUCAUGAACGUUCUGUGGAUCGUCAUACCGCUGGUCCUCAUUGCGGACGCCUGGCGACAGCUGUCUGCGGCCCAGACGCGUUCAGAUGGGGGAAAGUCUCACAAGUCAAAGAGCCGAUAGGAUGACAAAGCACACAAAAAACACAUGAUGACAAAAAAAUGAUUGGCCCUGUUUGUUUGAAAUAAGUGAUAUGUGGGACUCAAUCUUUUAAUAAAAGAUUUCGCAAUGUG